AUGUCGUCCUCGCAGACAACAACACUUCAGUCUGUCACCAAGGGCAGCUCUUUGCAGGAAGCCGACAAUGCAAGGAUUUCCAAGCAGUCUCUGCCCAAGCCACCGGUAUUUGAUGACAAGUACGAAGAACGAGAAUAUCUCAAAGGUCGAUUAGCAGCGACAUUCAGACUUUUUGCAAAAUACGGCUUCGACGAUGGUGUCGCAGGUCAUGUUACACUGCGAGAUCCUGUUGACCCGGACACAUUCUGGGUCAAUCCACUAGGAGUGCCCUUUGCCCACCUCAAGCGGUCGGACUUGGUACAACUCGAUCACGACGGUGUUAUCCUUGCCGGUGGUCCAGUUCGGGUCAUCAACAAGGCAGCUUAUCUGAUUCUUGCUGCAAUCCACAUGGAGCGUCCCGACGUCAACUGUGCGGCUCACUGCCACAGCAUCUACGCUCGUACGUUCUGUGCAUUCGGCAAGACUUUGGAUAUGACAACCCAGGACGCAUGCGCGUUCUACAAUGAUCAUUCGGUCUACGAACAAUACCACGGAAUCGUCUUGUCGACCGAAGAAGGAGACCGAGUUUCAGAAGCACUUGGAAACAACAAGGCCGUGCUAAUGCAACAUCAUGGCCCGCUCACGGUGGGAAGAACAAUCGAGGAAACAGCCUUUUGGUACGCCACCCUGGAGAAGGUUUGCUAUAGUCAAUUGACGAUCGACACUAUCGCUGCGGGUCGUGGCAUCCCAGUGAAAGCUAUCAGCGACGAGGAGGCAAUGGACGCAUAUAAAACGCUGGGAAGUCCCUUUAUCGGUUGGUUUGCAGCGCAGCCCAUGUACCAGGUAAUUCACAAAGAGACGAAUGCCGCCUAUCUGAGUUGA